GCCGACUGCUUCCGCCAGACGGUUGCAGCGGAGGGCUGGAGGGGCCUAUGGCGGGGUGGGGCGCCUGCCGUACAGCGGGCCGCGCUGGUGAACCUGGGGGAGCUAGCCACGUACGACCAGGCCAAGCGUGCCAUCCUGUCCACCGGCCUCACGGGCGGUGACAACCUGUGGGCGCACACCGGCUCGUCCGUGUGCUCCGGAUUCUUCGCAAGCUUGGUUUCGGUGCCGGCAGACGUGGUGAAGACGCGCAUGAUGAGCCAGGACGCCUCCCAGCCGCUGUACCGGUCCUCCCUGGACUGCCUGCUGAAGAGCGUGCGGGCGGAGGGGCUGGGGGCCAUGUACAAGGGGUUCUUCCCCACGUGGGCUCGUCUAGGCCCCUGGCAGCUGGUGUUCUGGACCUCCUACGAACACAUGCGCAAGACGUGCGACCUAGGCGGCUUCUAGGCAGCCAGCCAGACAGCGGGGGGCAGACAGCGGGGGGGCAGCAGCAGGCAGUUGAGAGGACAUGCAACCUGGCUGCGACCGCAGGAGUCAGGCAGGCGCAAGGCAUGUGACCGGAGAAGAGCUCUGCAUGGGGGUUGCAUGGGAACUGUCAGGUAGCCAGGCAAACGGGCGAGUCACGCCUUCCAGCUGCAGACUGCCCUGCACGCAGGUGGAGACAUGCAUGUGACCUGCCUCGCCCUUCCUGUUUAUUGUGUACCGUGCGUCGUGAAGCAGCGCGCCAGGAGCAUAGCGCUAGCCGUGCUGGGGGUACCGUACAUCGGAGUACAUCGUACGGGCAAAGCUGCGGAGAGAGAUGUGAUGAUGAUGAUGAGAGCGUGAGAGUAAAAAGACUUGGUUUGAGGGCUAUCAGGGCUCGUAAGAACUGCAUGUGAUUCUGGGUGGGAAAUCCGGUGGUGAACCUCCGAAUGCUGGUUUCAACAUCCGUGAUUAGGCUGCGGCGGACAGAGGCUGGUGGCACCAGAGGUCUGGAAUCACCCCAGCGUAGCGCAUCUGUUGUGUUUGCCGGCAUGGGUGCCGUAUUUCAUAAUUCUUAGC